CCGAGGCCUCUUGGAUGGGGGGUGCCGCUCGCCUGAGCGCCCCUCAAGCGCUGGUACUCUGGGCCGCACUGGGAGCGGCAGCUUACAUCGGACCUGCACCUGAUCCCGAGGACUGGUGGAGCUACAAGGAGAAUCUCCAGGGAAACUUCGUGCCAGGGCCUCCCUUCUGGGGCCUGGUGAACGCUGCCUGGAGCCUGUGCGCUGUGGGGAAGCGGCAGAGCCCUGUGGAUGUGGAGCUGAAACGGGUUCUUUAUGACCCCUUUCUGCCCCCGCUCAGGCUCAGCACGGGGGGAGAGAAGCUCCGGGGAACCUUGUACAACACUGGUCGCCAUGUCUCUUUCCUACCCGCAUCCCGACCUGUGGUCAACGUGUCUGGGGGUCCCCUUCUUUAUAGCCACCGACUCAGUGAGCUGCGACUUCUGUUUGGUGCCCGGGAUGGUGCUGGCUCUGAACACCAGAUCAACCACCAAGGCUUCUCUGCUGAGGUGCAGCUAAUUCACUUCAACCAAGAACUCUAUGGGAACCUCAGUGCUGCCUCAAGAGGCCCCAACGGCCUGGCCAUUCUCAGCCUCUUUGUCAAUGUGGCUGGCAGCUCCAACCCAUUCCUCAGUCGCCUCCUCAACCGGGACACUAUCACCCGAAUCUCUUACAAAAAUGAUGCCUACUUUCUUCAAGAUCUGAGCCUGGAGCUCCUGUUCCCAGAAUCCUUCGGCUUCAUCACCUAUCAGGGAUCUCUCAGCACUCCUCCCUGCUCUGAGACUGUCACCUGGAUCCUCAUCGACAGGGCUCUCAAUAUUACCUCCCUCCAGAUGCACUCCCUGAGACUCCUGAGCCAGAAUCCCCCUUCCCAGAUCUUCCAGAGCCUCAGUGGUAAUGGCCGGCCCUUGCAGCCCCUGGCCCACAGAGCCUUGAGGGGCAACAGGGACCCCCGGCACCCCGAGAGGCGCUGCCGAGGCCCCAACUACCGCCUGCAUGGUAUGCUUAAUGUGUACCCUCCUUCUCCACGUCUUGAUAGUCUGCACUUAUUCCCAGUGGUGUCUCAGUGUGACACAUCCCUCAUCCUUUCUCACCUCUCCAUAUGGAACAGCGUGGUACAACCCACCCCUCUUCGCAGCUUAGUAUAAGGCCUGACACCCUCUGUUUUCCUUGUGGUACAAUUGCAUACUGGUCCAUGCCCUCUGCCUCCUGUCACUUCCCAAAAUGGUACGGUCCAAGUCACCUGUUUACAAAUGGUAUGAUCCUACUUAGGGCUAUAGUCUUAACAGCUAUCCCCUUUCUGAGAAUCAGCGUGGUACAAUCCCUGUCUUCCCUACUGCCACUGUGGUUCUGCCCGGGGAAAUCUGUUGGUCUCUUCUCUGGUUUCUCAACAUGGUACAGCCCAGAUGACCACAUCCUCUUCGUGUACUACUACCUUUAUGCAAACCAGCCUAAUCUGCACGUCCCAAGUGGCCUUCUUCCCUCCCUAUAUGGUCUGGUCCAGGAGCUGACCAUUUUCCCCAACUUGGUAUAUUCCGUUCCCCCUUAGCAGCCCGACUGUAGUAGAGUCCUAUGCGCUCAGCUCCCACCCCCCCUCAAGC